AUGCUAACUGUGUUUUUAUGGUCUUGCCGUCAGUUAUACGUAAAUAUAUUGCGCAUCCUAUUCCGAUUGCUGAUGCAUCGGAGAAUCCAUGUAACUCAAAAUUUAAUUUACUUUGACUCAUUUUACUCGAAAAAUGACGCGGAAUUACAAUCUCUUGACUGUCCCACUUUUGCAUUAAUUCUUUCCAUUCGAUAAUGAAAUUAUUUUCUGCUUGCGUGUCCCAUUUUAACUUUUUAUUUUCUUCCAAUUUCUGCCUUAAUAAUUUGCCUUGUAAUAUAAUUGGACUUAUCAGCCCUAGAGGAUCGAAUGGUUGAGCUAUUGCUGAUAAAACAUUGCGUCGCGUUACAGUUUUUUCUUUCGGAUAUUCUUUUAGUUUUAUUGAUAUAUUGUCUUUAUUUAUGUCCCAGUUUAAACCUAGUAAUUUAGUUUUAUUUUCUUGUAAUUUGUCACAUUCGGGUAUUUCUGAGCAUUGUUUCCAAGCAUUUGAAGUAAAUUCUCUCACAUUCAUGUUUGCUUCUUUAAAAAUCUUUUUCAAUCUUAG